AUGGUAGGGCUCCUCAGUGCCAAGAGGUUUUCCGGCUUCCCGGAAUAUUGCCUUGUUGACCAAGAUUACGAUGAGCUGCUGGAGAUCGCACGGAAAGGGCUGGGAAACGCAACGAAUCCGGUGAGGGUGGUCAUCGUUGGAGCGGGAAUAAGCGGCCUCACAGCAGCAAAGCUGCUCCGUGACGCCGGACACAAGGUGACCGUCCUGGAGACCAGCAACAGGGUGGGCGGGCGGAUCUGGACACACCGAGACGAGGGAUCGGGAUGGUACGCGGAGCUGGGAGCCAUGCGGCUGCCGAGCAAACACAGGCUCGUCCGGGAGUUUAUCCGGCAGUUCCAUUUGAAGCUCAACCCCUUCAUCCACACGGACAAAAACACCUGGUACCUGGUGAACGGCGUCAAAGCCAGAGCUGGGGACGUCUCCAGGAAUCCCGACAUCCUCAAAUACCCGGUGAAGCCAUCGGAAAGGGGAAAAAGUGCCAGCCAGCUUUAUAGGGAAGCCCUAAAGGAGGCCCUCAAGAACUUCCAGUCUACAGACUGCAAGAAGUAUCUGGCCAAACACGACUCCUUCUCCACCAAGGAGUAUUUGAUUAAAGUAGGAAACCUAAGCAGAGGAGCCGUCCAGAUGAUUGGCGACUUGAUGAAUGAGGACUCCGGAUUUUAUUUGUCUUUUCUUGCCUCCCUGUGGGAUUUCAGCACCUUCUCAGACGAGGAAAGCUUCGAUGAAAUCACGGGAGGGUUUGACCUGCUGCCCAAGGCCUUCCACAAAUCGCUGCCGGGUGUCGUGCGGUUCAAUUGCACCGUGGAGAAGAUCAUGACCAACGACAACCAGGUCAGGGUGUUCUACCGCGCUCCGGACACCCUCGCUCCGAGUGUAGCGGCCGCCGACUACGUCCUUGUCACGUCCUCGGCCAAAGCCACCAGGCACAUCCAUUUCCUGCCACCGCUGUCCUCUGGGAAGACCCAUGCCCUCCGCUCCGUGCACUACGCCAGCUCCACCAAGGUGGUCCUGGCUUGCAGGGAGAAGUUCUGGGAGAAGGAUGGAAUUUGGGGCGGCCAAUCCAUCACCGACCGCCCCUCCAGGUUCAUCUACUACCCCAGCCACAACUUCUCCAGCGGCGUGGGCGUCAUCCUGGCUUCCUACACCUGGAACGACGACGCCGAGUUCUUCCUGCCCCUCACGGAGGAGGAGUGCCUGGACGUGGUCUUGGAGGACCUCUCGGUGUUGCACCAAGUGAGCAAGGAGUAUCUACAAUUCACCUGCGACCGGCACGUGGUGCAGAAGUGGCAGCUGGAGAAACACUCGUUCGGGGCCUUCGCCGCCUUCACCCCGUACCAGUUCACGGACUAUUCGCAGGCCCUGUUCGAGGCCGAGGGCAGGGUGCACUUUGCGGGGGAACACGCGGCGCAGCCCCACGCCUGGAUCGACACGGCCAUCAAAUCGGCCGUGAGAGCGGCCGGCAACAUCCACCACGAGAGCGGCAACGCGGGGCCGCCCGAGCGGGAGCAUCCGGGGCCGUUUGGGGAGAAAAACGAGCUCUAA